UGAAAAAGCUAAAGAAACUCGCAUCACUCUUGCAAGCUUUCUUUUUCCUCUAGUUUUCCCAAAGAUUUUGUUCUCAGAGUAUCAGAGAAGGUAGCAUAUUGUCACUGCGUGUAAUGUACUGACCAUUUCUACUGGAGAGGCAUUUAAGUGCCUGUAGCAAACGAGGGUCAAGGCUUAAAAGUUCGAGGCGUUUGAAGCAAGCGUGAGAGCGAUGGACGGCGGCGUGAGCUCGAGCAACAAGUCGUCACAGAUCAUGGCUGGAUGGUUCUCGGAGAUCAACCGAAUGUGGCCAGGUGAAGCGCUGUCACUGCAAGUGGACAAGAUCGUUUUUCAGGGCAAGUCCGAGUUCCAGGAUGUUCUCGUGUUUGAGUCGAGAUCUCAUGGGCGGGUCCUAGUUCUGGACGGCGUCAUCCAGCUAUCGGAGAGAGACGAAUGCUCGUAUCAGGAGAUGAUCACACACCUCCCCUUGUGCUCCAUAUCAAACCCCACAAAGGUGCUGGUCGUGGGAGGUGGCGAUGGCGGAGUUUUGAGGGAGCUCGCGAGGUACCCAUCAAUCGAGCGGAUUGAUCUCUGCGAGCUUGACAAGAUGGUGAUUGAUGUGGCCAAGGAGUAUUUUCCCGGGCUGGCCUGUGGAUUCGACAACCCUGUGGUCACUCUUCACAUUGGUGACGGGGUCUCGUUCGUGAGGAACGCUCCACCGGAAACUUACGAUGCGAUCCUGAUCGAUUCAACAGAUCCAGAUGGACCGGCGAAAGAACUGUUCGAAGUUCCUUUCUAUCAGGCAGUGGCACGGGCACUGCGACCCCGGGGUGUUAUGUGUGCCUUGUCCGAGAGCCCCUGGCUAAACAUCCAGACCGUGAAGAACCACCUAGACGUGUGCCGUCAAGUGUUCAAGGGGAGCGUGAGAUUCGCAUGGACGACGGUGCCAACAUACCCGAGUGGAGUCAUCGGCUUGGUACUGUGCUCCAAGGAAGCGAUCGAUUUCGAAAAGCCCGUUGUCUCGGACAAGGCGCUGGGGACGAUGCAGCUGGGAGGAGCGAGCUUGAAGCACCCGCUCAAGUACUACAACUCGGCUUUGCACGCGAGCGCCCUGUGCUUGCCCGAGUUUGCGAAGAACGUCCUCACCGUCAAGGAGAGGGACGACGGUGGUGGAAGUCGUGUGGUUGCGAAUGACCACUAAAGGUACCCAGGUAUGGAGAAAGAGUUAUCGAAGUUUGGAAGACAGGCCUAUAAACAUGUAACUGGGAUUGAUCCAUGCGCUCAAUCAAAGCAUGGACCACUUCGUCCCAUGUCACAAGCAACAGAAUUCACCAUUACUGUACUGGGUCUGGAAUUUAUAAGUUUGUAUUUGCAGGAAAACCUUGAGCUAAACUUUCUUACUUGCU